CGGACCGCCGGUCCUGUCUAACUAAUAAAAAAAAAAAUUAAAAAAGACAUGAGAAGGCUUUUGUUUUCUCAAUCGAACCCUCUCGAGAAAGACUCGUCUUUUGUUUUUUGAAACGUAAUCGAAAAUUGCGAGUGUUUCUGUAGCUUUAGUUUCAAAAUCACCAAAGAGGCUUUUGGAAGAGAAGCUCAUCUCUUUCUUGGAGUCAUGUAAAACCCAGAAACACCUUCUUCAAAUCCAAUCACAGACUUUAGCUCACGGGUUAGAAGACAAUGAAUACGUCGGUCCGAGAAUGAUCUCCGCAUGUUGUCGGAUCGCGAGAAUCGAUCACGCACGCAAGGUGUUCGACAGAAUGUCUCAACCGAGUGUUUCUAUUUACAACGCCAUGUUAAAUGGCAUCGGCUAAUAAAGUGUUCUGUGAGAUGGGUGAGAGAAAUGUAGUUAUUUGGACUUCAUUAAUCAAUGGGUAUAUAUUGAACAAGGACUUAGUCUCUGCUCGGCGGUUUUUUGAUCUGUCUCCUGAGAGAGACACUGUGUUAUGGAACACUAUGGUGUCUGGUUAUAUCCAAACAGGGAACAUGAUGGAAGCUAGGAGUCUUUUCGAUUUGAUGCCUUGUAGAGAUGUCAUGUCGUGGAACACGGUUCUGGAGGGUUACGCCAGUGUUGGAGACAUUGAAGCUUGUGAAAGAGUUUUCGAAGAGAUGCCUGAGAGAAAUGUGUUCUCUUGGAAUGGUUUGAUCAAGGGGUAUACUCAAAGUGGGAGGCUUGAUAAAGUGUUGGAUUGUUUUAAGAGAAUGGUGGUAGAUGAAGGGAAGGUUGCUCCCAACGACGCGACUUUGACUUCAGUGUUAUCAGCUUGUGCGAAGUUAGGAGCUUUCGAGUUUGGGAAACGGGUGCAUAAGCAUGGAGAGGGUCUUGGGUAUGAUAAGGUGAAUGUUAACUUCAAGAAUGCUUUGGUUGAUAUGUAUGCAAAAUGUGGAGCUAUAGAGAUGGCUAUGGAAGUCUUCAAUGGGAUAAAGAGAAGAGAUUUGAUAAGCUGGAAUACUGUUAUCAACGGCUUAGCUGCACAUGGACAUGGCACUGAGGCCUUAGAUUUAUUCCGUGAGAUGAGAACUUGCGGAGUUAGACCUGACAAGAUAACAUUCGUAGGUGUUCUAUGUGCUUGUAGACACAUGGGUUUGGUUGAAGAUGGGUUAGCUUAUUACAGCUCCAUGUUUACUGAUUUCUCAAUAACGCCUCAGAUAGAGCAUUGUGGUUGUAUGGUGGAUUUACUAUCUCGUGCUGGACUUUUAACACAAGCCGUUGAGUUUAUAAACAAAAUGCCGGUGAAAGCUGACGCUGUGAUAUGGGCCACUUUGCUUGGAGCUUCGAAGGUUUACAAGAAGGUGGAGGUCGGUGAGCUUGCUCAUGAAGAGUUGGUCAAGCUUGAGCCAAGAAACCCGGCUAAUUUCGUGAUGCUGUCAAAUAUAUAUGGAGAUCUCGGGAGAUAUGAUGAUGCUGCGAGGCUAAAAGUUGCUAUGAGAGACACAGGUUUUAAGAAAGAAGCAGGUGUUAGCUGGAUUGAGACCGAUGAUGGUUUAGUGAAGUUUUAUUCUUCGGGAGAGAAGCAUCUUAGAACAGAGGAAUUACAGGGGAUCUUGAGAGAGCUGAAGAACUUCAGUAUCUUGCUUGGUGAUGAUGAAGAAGAAGCACUUCAAGAACAUUUGUUUUAAUCUUUGAUUAUGUUGAAAUAUUUGUUAUGUUGUCAAUUCCAAAUUGCUAGAAUCAUAAUGUCUCUUACCCUUCGGUAGUGGUACUUCUUGCAGUCUCUUGCUCUUACAAUGAAGCCUUUAUUACAGAUCUCGGGGUCACUUUGUUGGUAUACGAAAAGGGUUCAGUACAUUCUGUAAAACUAGUGUAUUGUCCAACUACAACGUUUGUUUUGAUACUUAGAUUCAGUUACAAGUUGAAUUGACUUCGUUGUAACUAUAUAAUCACAGGUUUGAAAAUACUAUUGGCAACUACCACGCUAUUAAAUUGAGGUUAUGACUGAGCUUUCAAGCCACAUGCACAGCUAUAAAAGCCUAUAAGUAGUGUGUGAUCUUGUGUGAUUGCAGCAAAUAUACAAUCUCGAGGCAGAAAAAAAAAUGGAUGAGAAAGAGAUUCCAGAGAAGUUGAGUGAAGAAGAAGAAACCAAAAGCUUGAUCUCAUCGCCUUCCUUCAGAGAUAAUUUGCUAUGGUGGCAAGUUGUUCAAGUACCAAGGAUGUUGGUACGACAUACACAUCGUCCAAGCACUCAAUCUCCAGAGAAGUUCUCAGGCAGAAGCAACUGAUAUGUGUGGUCUGAAGUUCUAGAAUUAUAUGUGUGGCUUAUGAUCAAAUCUCAAACCGACACUGUCCCACUAUUACUAACUAUAGCCGGUUUGUGCUUAUCUUGAAUGAAUUGCAAUAAAAGUAAACUUGUUGUAUCAAAGGGUUUCCAGUGUAGAAAGAAAUAAACAAGGUUUACAAACUUCCUAUCACGUCACGUGAAGGAGAAUCGCUAAAACCAAAAAAAAAAAAAGAUGAGUUUUUAGAUCUCGAGAAAAUUUAUUCGAAAAAACUGACGGACACCAUUACAUCGUUUGAGAUCUUGUUUCUCUUGGGCGGCGCUCUAGGCUUUGGACAUGUGAAGGAUCAAGUCCAC